CCGCAUGGUGGGACAUACGGUCCAGCUUUUUGCUUUGCAAUUAUCUGGCUCGGGACUUUUCGGGAAAUGUGAUCCGUCGGGUCCCCCCGGAUCGUGUGUCGUGCCAGGUGUAUAUGCCAUGGUAGCCGCGGGUGCCACCAUGACUGGAGUAACGCGUUUGACUGUCACCCUAGCAGUCAUCCUUUUCGAGCUCACCGGUAGUUUGGACCAUGUACUUCCAUUCUCCCUCGGCAUCCUAGUAGCAAAGUGGGUGGCGGAUGCGAUAGAGCCACUAAGUAUCUACGACCUUCUAACAGACAUGAACUCUUAUCCAUUCCUGGACAACAAGGUCCGCCCAGUAUUUACCUCCACACUUGGUGAUAUCACUCUCCGCAGCCGACCCGAACGUAUCAUUGACAUAUCCGAGUCUGCGUUGGUACCCGCUUCCGAGUUAAGACAUAAGCAGCAGUAUCUUCAUCUAACAGGGGAAAUUGAUGGUGGUCUUGCAAUCGUGAAACGGGGCCUUCUCGUUGGCCUGAUUCCUCACCCAGAUCUUCAAUUUGCUCUCGAUAGGCUAGAGGAUGAAGAUAACACGCUAUGUCUGAUGUCGCCACACGUGGAAUGGGCUGCUGGGCGUGAGCCCGUAGAGGAUGACAACAAUGCACCAGCGGUUGACGACAGCGACUUCACUCCUUUCAUCGAUCCCGCCCCUGUAGCACUCGACGUGCACUCGCCAAUGGAUUUGGUUUAUGAAUGUUUCGUCAAACUAGGCUUAAGAUACGUCUGUGUAUUGAGAGACGGAAAGUACGCGGGCAUGAUACACAAGAAGACUUUUGUCAAAUACAUCAAAGAGCUGGAAGAAAGCGAGAAGAAGAACCGUCAAGGCAUUUUGGGAUCCAUUUAG